AUGGUCACCACAAAUGACGAACUUGACAAUAUAAAGGAAGAAUUGCGCAAAAACCUUACUCAGGAUAGUAACGGUGUCGGAAAGAGCACUUUGGGUAACUGGUUGUUAGGACAUCAUGGAGAUGAUGGGCCUUUUGAGACUCAAGCUUCGUUCGACCGCGUAACUUUAGAACCACAAACUGCAUUAAUCGAAAUUAAUGGUUGUAAAUAUAAUUUAAUCGAUACGCCAGGUUUAUUUGAUUUAAAGGAUGAUAGCAGAUCAGAAAUUUCUCUAACCAAACUAGCUAACACAAUUAAUCAUUGUUCAUAUGGGAUACAAACGAUUAUAUUUGUGGUAAAAAAAUCAUUUGGUAAAGAGAUUGAUAGGCAAAUUCAAGCAAUCAAAGGUUUUUUAGGUGAAAAAUCUUUGGAUCAUAUGUUGAUCGCUUUCACUCAUUGUAAUAUGGAACAAACAAUGGAUAGAAUAAUUAUGAAGGAGACGUUUACCUCCAAGAUGAAAAAUUUUCUCGAUUAUAUUGAUAAUAGAUGGAUCAUUUCACCCAAUCCUGAUUUAUUCAAUUUAGACGACGAUAUUGUUUAUACCAAUAUUUAUGAAGCUAAGGAUAUUAUUGGUUCUUUCCCUGAAGCUUAUACUACUGAAAUGUUUAAUAGAGUGCGUAGAGCUAGAGAAGAUGCCGAGGAAGCGGCUAGAAGGCAUGCCCAAGAAGAGCGUCUGAGGUCUUGUGAAGAAGAAUUAGCAAGAAUCCGCGGGGCGGUCGAUGAAGCUGGUAGACUUAAAGCUAAUGAAGAAGCUCGAAAGGCUUGCUUUUCCUUGGACACGAUUGUUACGUUAAAGGAUGGGAGAAAGAUUGAGAUGUCUGAAGUUAAAAUUGGCGAUCACGUCGCCUGUGGUGUAUAUAAUAAUGGUGGUAUUAAGGAGAUAAGAUAUUCGGAAGUUUAUUUAAUCGCUCAUUUAGAUAAACAUCAACAAACCGAAUUCUUAAAGGUUGAAUAUAUAAAACCUGACGGAAUGACUGGAUCGUUGUAUUUGACUUCGGAGCAUCAUGUGUUUGUCGAUAAUGCAUUUGAUUAUGCGCGUAAUAUUCGUCCUCACGCUUCACAGAUUCACGUUCUAGACAACGGAGAGUCAAUUUCCGUAAAAGUAACAAAUGUUUCCAAGGAAACACGAGAAGGAUAUAUUGCAAUAUUUACACGAGUUGGAACAAUUAUUGCGAAUAAUGUAUUAUGUAGUUGUUAUUCUAAUUGUCCCCCAUAUCAAAAUACUAUCCAUUAUAUUUUGUCCCCAUUACGUUUUAUUACUUUAUUUCGUAAAUCCAAUCAUUAUAGUAACGAAAUCCAUCCUUACUUGAAGUUCCUUUACAAUAAUUAUCAAUACUUUUCUGGAACUUUUAAACAUAAACUAUGUUAG